CUGUAGUUCCAGCUGAAGUGGCUCGUCCGGCCAGCAGAGUGCGUCCCUGUGCCUCGGACAGAGCGGUGAAGAUCCACCAGGGCACAAACCCACUCCCCGUCUCCCGUGAAAACUGUGACAAGGAAUAACCAUUCUUUUUUUCUUUUUUUAACACUGUCAGAGAGCUCAUGUACUGCUCUCUCCCCCUCAGACCCACGGCAGGCUCAGGACUCGGCCAGGAUGCUGUCGAGCAGCCCCCGCGUCGCGCACAAAGUGGCAGGAUGUCUGAUUUCCUUCUCCUUCCUUCUCAUCAACUCUGCUGCCGGCAGCUUGGGAAAAGGCUCUCAGAGCCAAGAUGAGGCGGAUGCCAUUCACAGCAGUCACCUGGAUCUGCAGGAAAUCGUAUUCGUCAUCCAGAGUCAAAGCAACUCCUUCCAUGAGAGGCAGGCGGAAAGACGGAGAGCCGAUUUACUCCAGCAGGCACAUAGCUUGACUGAGAAGCCGCCGGCGGUGUUGCUCCUCCACAGUUUGUCAGAUAAUGAGUGGGAUUGGAGCAUCCUUCCUCUGCUACCUUCCUUGUCCCAUUCCUUUGGGAAAAAUUCUUCCUGGAUCGUAUUUCUUGAGGAGGACGUAAAUGUGAAGAUGGAUACCCUUAUCCGUGUCCUGGCAAAAUUUGACAAGAGCAAAGAGUGGUUUCUUGGUAAGCCGCUGUACGAUAAGGAAUCGACCAUCAUCCAUCACUACGCCUUUGCAGAGAAUCCUUCCGUCUUCAAAUAUCCAGACUUUGCUGCCGGUUGGGCCUUGAGCAUCCCUCUAGUUAUUCGGCUUGCAAACAAAGUGAAAGAUGAACCACUAAAAUCUGACUUCACUAUUGACCUAAAACAUGAGAUUGCUUUAUAUAUCUGGGACGGUGGGAAAGGUCCUCAUCUCACUGCCGUCCCUGAAUUGUGCACGGAGCCGCAGGACUCUCCUCGUGCCCUCAACUGUGCUACGACGCUAAGCAGGGAAGUGCCGCUGUGUGGGGAGCCUGUAGCGAAAGAAGAAGUAUUUGUUGCUGUGAAAACGUGUAGGAAGUUUCACGAGGAAAGAGUUCCUGUAAUUAAGAAGACCUGGGAGAAGGAUGCGAUAUUUCUAGAGUACUACAGUGACCACGCUGAUCCUUCAAUACCAACCAUUAAUUUAGGAGUGCCAAAUACUGAAAGAGGCCACUGUGGGAAAACAUUUGCAAUCCUUCAAAGAUUUCUAAGCAGCCAAGUCCCGAGCACCAAGUGGCUCCUCAUUGUUGAUGAUGACACACUUAUCAGCCUGCCCAGACUGCAAGCGUUGCUGAGCUGUUACAACCCCUCAGAGCCGGUCUGUCUGGGAGAGCGGUACGGCUAUGGCCUGAGCCAAGGCGGCUACAAUUACAUCACAGGAGGAGGAGGAAUGGUGUUCAGCAGGGAGGCUGUGGUUCAACUUCUUAAGAGUGGCUGCAAGUGCCACAGCAAUGACGCGCCUGAUGACAUGGUGCUGGGAAUGUGCCUCAACGCUCUCGGCCUCGCCGUCACGCACAGUCCUCUCUUUCACCAGGCCCGGCCGGAGGACUACGCCGCAGACCUCUUAGCUCACCAGGUGCCCAUUUCUUUCCAUAAACACUGGAACAUUGACCCUGUGGCUGUUUUCAACAAGUGGCUUCAGGAGGACUUGAAGGCUAAAUCUGCAGAUGAACACAACAAGGAGGCUAAGAUGGAGUUAUAAUAAGCGCACAAACGGCCUGAGCGAGUGUGUGUGGGUGCAGUGUGUGCCUGUGCUUCUGUGUGUUAUGUCAUGUAAAUAUUAUCUAUUCAUAGAUGUAAAUGUUUUUUUCGUAGUUCAUAUUGACAUGUUAACAAGAGGGACCACGAGAGAGAGAAAGAGAGAGUGUGUGUGUUUUCCUGACUGAGGUGCUUAUCGAGGUUACUUUUCAUUUUGGAAGUAUGAUUAUGAUGUGUAUAUUUAUAUCAUAAGCAAUUUGAACCUUGCAGAGGAGUGUACUUUUUUUUUCUUUGGCAUACUGUUAAUUUUAAAAUGAUCACAAAAUGCUGUACAUUGUGCUCUCUUUUUACAUAAAAGUAUGAAUAUUUAAAACAUGUUUUACUUUUCACUUUCAUCUGAGGCCUCUUAACAGGCAUUUCUUUAUUUAUCGGGCUGUGUGUAAAUAAAAUGGUUAAUGUUAGGGUAAAGGACGGGAUUUCUAACCAAAAACAUGUUUUAUCUCCUCACCAUCCGGGAGCUGCCAUGCGGCUCAAACUAUAACACCGGUGGCCACAGGCAAAUAUUGACAAGGGGAGGGUUCAUGGGAAUGGGCGUGGUCAUGAUGUCAUGAUGUCAUGAUGGGGCGUGUUUUUUCUCAGAUAGAGCUGGAAUCUGGAGAUUUUCCUUACUUUUAAAGGUUAAUUGUAGCUAAGACUAAGAUGGAAAAAAAUGAAUAAUGAACUAUUUGUUGCUGCUACUAAGUGGUAUUAAAAAUCUAUGAAGAAUGAUGAAGGUU